AUGCCACAGUCGAAGCUGAAGUGCAAUAUAUGUCCCCGGAAGCCCAAGUUCAGCGAUGUCUCUCAUCUGCUGACCCAUGUGAGCUCAAAGGGCCAUCUAUCUCACUACUUCAAGCUCCAGGUACGCAGUCAGCAAGAGCCUCAGGCCGGUGAACUGCUGGCUGCGUAUGACCGGUGGUAUCAGCAGAACAAACUUGCAAACCUGUUGUCAGACCGUAUGCUGGCCAAAGAAGCCCGGACUGGAAAAGGAUCCCGUUGCAAUAGCCGGUCAAGCCUUCCGGUUGCCUUUACUCAUCGGCCAUCUGCAAUUGUGCCUCCGCCUGUCAGCAAAAAUGCCCCUAUUGCCUCCAGUCCUCGGAGAGGCUCUCUUCCCAGUUUUCUAAACCCCAAGCUUUCUCAGAAUUACUAUACCUACGACAGUCAGGGCAAUCGUGUCUCUGGCAGGUCGUACUCCCCCAUGUCCGUUAGCAACAUGAUCAACCCCAAUCCUCACCCUGGCUACGGCUGGCAUCAACAGCCUCAAUAUCAGCCCCCAGCCCCUUUGCAGGUCUCAUCUAUGCAAACUGGGUGGAAGGAUGGAGAUGAGACAGAAUCAGACGGCGAGGGAAGUCCUCUGAUGGCCAGGCGAAUGAGACUUGGAUCGUUGAUUGACCCGUCUCUUCACCCCGCCCGAAGACCUCUCACUCCCGAUCCCUUCAUUGACGAUGAUGCUGCAUAUGAGUAUGAUGACCAGGAAGACUAUAGCCAGCGGGGAAGUGAUGAAGUUAACAAGCUGAAAGGGGUAUUUUGGCCUGGUAUGGAUAUUUUUGACUCUGCCACUGAAGAAAUGAGACGCAAGCGCAAUCAGAAGAAAGACGGCUCUAUUAUCAAGCAGAUGGAAGAGACAUCUGAAAGUGUUGAGCCAACUGAGCUAGUGUUUUCGCCUAACGGUACCCUUCGGAAGCAGCGUGUCAUCUCUGGCAUGGUUGAUGAUAGUAGCCCACUGAAGGGAGAGACUCCUAUCCCGAAGAAGAAGGUAGUCCGUCCUCGUAGGCGUCCCAUGUCUCAGCUGAGUGGGAAUGUCCAGAUGGCACAAAGCAGAUACAAGAUGAGGAUUAGAGAGCAAAGCCGUGCUGCUCAGCUAAAAAAGUUGUCUCAACAGGCACUUAUGAUCGGUAAACCCGGCGACUCGAUGAACUAUCCGCCGUUGGACUCCCAUCGCCAGGUCCUCUACAAUACUUCCAAGUAUGGACUCGAAAAUUCCGCGAACCACCCUUAUUAUGGCGCUUUUAAACCUCCAAGCACUGAAACUUACCGUGGAAAAGAGAAUAUUGACCCUAUGUUUUCUUAUGAGCGGAAUAUCCCGAAACAACAGUACUACUAUGGAUAUCCAUCCCAAAACGAGAAUGACAACUAUGGCUAUUCGAUGAACCCCUUGUCUUAUGCCGCAUCUCAGCAAUCUUGUGACUCUGGUACUAAUAGAGGUUGUAUCAAAGAUACUAUCACGGUUGAUACCAGUGAUUUAUUUGCUCAGCAGACACCAGGAGUUUUCAAGAACUCAUCCCCCAAAAGCCCCAUAGUGAUUAUGGGUUGGAUUCUCAAGGUCUUACCUAAGUUUGCGUGGAUUACACCUAUUACCCUCUUUAUAUAUAUGUUCUACUGUGAGCGAGUGACUGAGCCACUGCCUACAAAGAUCCUACUAAUUUCCACCAGCGGACAGUCAACUGCUCAAUAUAUUACGACAAACGGCACCUCGCGCAUAGCAAAGCGAUUCCCAUCAUUAGCUUUUGAAGUCAGGUAUACAUAG